CAUUGGCCAAGCGCGAAGAGGUAGAAGUGACAGCGUGAGGGAAAUCCACUCUUUAAAGAAGUGAUAUAAGUACACAGAAAUGGCCGGGACGGCGUCGGUGGCUGGGGAGGUGUUUGUGGAUGCUUUGCCGUAUUUUGACCAGGGUUACGACGCCGCGGGAGUCAGAGAAGCGGCUGCAGCACUUGUGGAAGAAGAAACCAGGAGAUACAGACCCACCAAGAACUACCUGAGCUACCUACCAACACCUGACUUCUCUGCAUUUGAGACAGAAAUUAUGAAGAAUGAAUUUGAGAGACUGGCAGCUCGACAACCCAUGGAGCUCCUGAGCAUGAAACGGUAUGAGUUGCCAGCGCCCUCUUCAGGUCAGAAGAAUGACAUUACAGCAUGGCAGGAGUGUGUGAACAAUUCCAUGGCUCAGCUGGAACAUCAGGCUGUUCGCAUUGAGAACCUGGAGAUUAUGUCACAGUAUGGGACAAAUGCCUGGAAAGUCUACAAUGAUAACCUGGCCUUUAUGAUUGAGAUUGCACAAAAGGAACUACAGAAAUUCAGGAAGCAAAUUCAAGAUCUCAAUUGGCAGAGGAAGAAUGACCAGUUGACCGGAGGAGCUAAACUACGAGAACUUGAAUCAAACUGGGUGUCUCUGGUCAGUAAAAACUAUGAGAUUGAGCGCGCCAUUGUCCACCUGGAGAAUGAAGUGGCUCAGCUCAAACAGCAGCAGGGAGAGGAGAACAAGGAGAACAUUCAACAGGACUUUUGACAAUGAACAGUUCUACAGACUGGAGAACACACCGCAUGGAGGCGAUUCAAGUGGGACGAAUGCCAUUCUGAGGCUGAAAAAAUGAGCGAAUAUUGGCUUAAUAGUUUGUGCUGGAAGUUACUGUAAAUAUUUUUAUAUCAAAGUUGUCCUUUUUAUACAACUUCAAUAAAGUUGACUUUGUGUUUCAU